AUGACGAAGAGGAAGGCUCUAAGUAAGACCGGUGAACCAGUACCGAAGGUGUCGCCGGAGUCAGAGUGGCGCAAGGCGCCGUAUUUUGGGCCAUCAGAUGGGUUCUGGACAUCCACCGGGGAUGUUGUUAUGGAGGGAAUAGAUAGCGGAGUUGCUCAAUUGAUGGAGAAGGAAAGCUCCAUCAAGAAGGGUGGUUGGGAAGAGUGGACAGAUCACAUUUUUGCACAUAAGUCGUAUGUGAAUUGGUUGCGCCAGGCGAGAGUUGCUCGAGCCAUGCGUUUGUGUCGAAUUCUCAAAGUACCUAGAGAUCCUGUUGGAUUAGAUUUGCUGUUGUCGCGAUGGUAUAGCGCAACCCAUACUUUUAUUACAAAGUGGGGCAAGUUUACUCCGACUUUGGAGGAUGUUGUUCAUCUGUUGGGUCUGCAUGUGAUUGGUGGGGAAUUUUCUAUGCCUCUAAAGUUAGAUGAGGUAGAACAAGUUAUCCUGGAAGUGUUGGAGGAGGGUUUAGAAAAAAUGAAAAAUUAUGGAUCCUUUUUUGGAUCGAAGGGAGGACGGCGCAAGGAAAGGAGUGAAGGUGCUGGAAAGAACAUGACUGGGGCUUGGAUCCGGUGGUGUCAGAUAGCUGUGAAGAUAGCCAGUGGUGUUGCUCUCCCUUUAGGUCCCCUAUUCUUAGGGACCUUAUACCAUCGUUUAGACAUGGUAGCAAAAGAUUGCAUGCGAUCUGUGGGGCGAUAUCCUAUAAUGUCCUAUUUAGCCAUUGGGUUUCUGCAGAUGUUCUUAUAUAAGCGAUUUCCUUCUUAUGGCCCCUUGCCUCUGGAAUUGGGAGAGCCGGAAGGGGCGCAAGGAAAGCGCUGGAUUGGUCGCACAUGGCGAGUUCCUUUAAGCAAUGUGAUCGACUCAGAACCAGAAUUUGUUUUCAGGCUGUACAAGGACAAAGUGGCUAGAGUAAUCGACCUGGGUGAUGUGUUAAAGGUGUACAACCCCAGGCGUGUGCCGAGGCAAUUUGGGUUUGACCAGGGUGUGCCAAGGGCGUGUGAUCUUAUAGAAAAGUAUGAAGAGUUGGAAGAAACUUUGUAUCGCUUCUCAGUGCAGUAUGAUUUGUCAGAAGAAGGUAUAGAGUAUGUAAUGAUUCCUGCUCGAUUACGCUUGGGUGAUAUUAUAGAGGGCUAUCAAGCGUUCCGGGAGCAUUGCGUGGAGAGAUUCAAAAUAUUAUGUUUACAAGUGCCCCAGCCAUGUGAGCCUGCACCAGUUUACAAGGAUGAUGUGUCAUUGCGUUUACUACGCAAUGGAUUGCGAGGGAAUCGCUCGAUUAUGGCUCCCUUAGCUUCAGAAAUGGGUGAGGUGACAUAUGUUGCAGUGCCAGAGGCUGCUAUGGCUGGGAUUCCUGUCAAUCCCCGAGCAAGUAGAGGCCAUAUAUACUACCGCUAG